GAGAGAAACCUCCAGGUUUCCAUUUAUAGAUGAGAAGGGUAGAGAAGGUCAAAAACACAUAACCCUAUAAGUGUUGGGGGGGGAGGGAUAUGUGCCAAUUAAUACAUUAAUUUUAGAAAAAAGCAGCAGUGGGAAAAAAAAAAAUUCUAUGUAUUCCCUGACUCUGGCAGUUUGACAAAGUUAAUGAUUAAAAUGUCCUACAUUUUCCCCGGAGUGUCUAUUUGCCUUGAUUGAUAUUAUUUUACCUUUUGUGGGCCAAGGAUGACUGCCCUUGUUUCUGUGUAGAGAUUAAUAAUUGAUUAGUUCACAGUCAGGAAUCUUAGUAAAAAGAAACUGGUUACUUUGGGCUGCUACUUUGUCCUGGGUCACGUACAGGAGACGGGGUGUUGCAGAACUUGCUGGCAGAAAAAUGAAGGUGAUCCUGGUUCUUCUGCUUGCUGUAGCAUUUGUGCAUGCUCUAGAAAGAGGCCGAGAUUAUGAGAAGGAUAAAGUUUGCAAGGAACUUGCCAGUCUGGGAAAAGAGGACUUCACAUCCUUAUCAAUGGUCUUAUACAGCAGAAAGUUUCCCAGUGGCACAUUUGAACAGAUCUGUCACCUUGUGAAUGAAGUUGUCUCCUUGACAGAAGCCUGCUGUGCUGAAGGAGCCGACCCUGACUGCUAUGACCGCAGGACCUCAGCAUUGUCUGCUAGGUCCUGUGAAAAGGACUCUCCAUUCCCAGUACACCCAGGAACUGCUGAGUGCUGUACCAGAGAGGGCCUUGAACAGAAACUCUGUAUGGCUGCCCUGAGGCACCAGCCACAAGAAUUUCCUACCUACACAGAGCCAACAAAUGAUGAAAUCUGUGAGGCAUUCAGGAAAGAUCCCAAAGACUUUGCUGAGCAAUUUAUGUAUGAAUAUUCCAUUAACUAUGGACAAGCCCCUCUAUCGCUCUUAGUCAGUUAUACCAAGAGUUAUCUCUCUAUGGUAGGAUCCUGCUGUACCUCACCAAGCCCAACAGUAUGCUUUUUGAAAGAGAGACUCCAGAUGAAACAUUUAUCACUUCUCACCACUAUGUCAAAUAGAGUCUGUUCACAAUAUGCUGCUUAUGGGAAGGAGAAAUCAAGGCUCAGCCAUCUCAUAAAAUUAGCCCAGAAAGUGCCAACUGCUAAUCUGGAGGAUGUUUUGCCACUAGCUGAAGAGAUCAACACAAUCCUCUCCAAGUGCUGUGAGUCUACCUCUGAGGACUGCAUGGCCAAGGAGCUGCCUGAAUACACAGUAAAAAUCUGUGACAACUUAUCCACAAAGAAUUCUAAGUUUAAGGACUGUUGUCAAGAAAAAACCCCCAUGGACGUGUUUGUGUGCGCUUACUUCCUGCCAGCUGCCCCAACACCUGAGCUGCCAGCCAUCGAGUGGCCCACAAAUACAGACGUGUGUGACAAAGGGAAUGCCAAAGCCAUAGAUCAGUAUACAUUUGAAUUAAGUAGGAGAACUCAUCUUCCAGAAGUAUUCCUCAGUAAAAUACUUGAGCCAACCUUCAAAAGCCUUGCUGAAUGCUGUGACUCUGAAGAUGCUACGGGCUGUAUGAAUGCUCAGGGCCCUCAACUGAAAAAGGAAUUAUCUUCUUUCAUUGACAAGGGACAAAAACUAUGUGCAGAUUAUUCAGAAAACACUUUUACUGAGUAUAAGAAAAAACUAGCAGAGCAAUUAAGAGCACAAUUGCCUGAUGCCAGUGCCAUGGAACUCCAAGGGCUGAUUGACAAGCGCUCAGACUUUGCCUCCAAGUGCUGUUCCAUAAACUCACCUCCUCUCUACUGUGAUUCAGAGAUUGAUGUUGAAAUGAAAAAUAUCCUAUAGUCCUGAUGCAUGUGUGUGGUCUUAGAUCUGGUGUUGGAACUACCUGGGAAUAUCUGAUGGCCUAACCUAAGCAAAACCAGAGCUCCUGGGGAGACCAGGAGGAUACUCCCUGCUUUUUAUCAGCUACAUUUUCUUUAUACAAUAAGUUUGAUAAUUUGCUAUAAAAAUAAAUAUAAUGCAGA